UUAACCGAAAGUUGUGUCUGCGGUGGAAACUUUUAAAACAAAGUAGUGCGGUUAAAUACAAGCUGAGGAUGUAUGCAGAAGAACUGCAACCCAAUGAGCCAUUUCUACCAGAAAUCUCAACAAACAGCAACAAACAGAGAAGUUCCCGGCAAAGCAGGACGAAGCAGCCAAAGGAGACGAGAUGGCUUUCAGAUGGAUCCUCUCAGCUUCUGUCCAAGAAGGAAAUAGCACUGUUCAGAAACAGUUCAAAGCAGUUCGUCUGUGUGGAGCUGCUGCAAGAUGGCUACCACAGAUCCUUCUCGGAGCUCUUCUCUCUGCUGGGCUUGGAUAGGGACCAGAGGGCAGCAGCACAUUCAGAAUCAGCCAGGCGUCAGACUCCACCACUGGAGGAGCAACGGGACAAACUGGAGAUAAUAAAGCUGCACCUGACCCGAGCCGAGCAGGCUGAAAGGACAGGUUCCUGGUCAGUUGCGUGUGAGCAGCGUCUGCUUUUGGGCCAGUACUUCUCUGCUCCAGAGGAUAUUUGGCUCAGUUUGUACUUUUACCACAGCUGUGCAGACAGAAAGAAAGGAGGAAAUUCCAGAUGGGCCACGGAGGCCCGGGCCUGCCUGGCUGACAUCUACCUGCAGCAAGGUGAUGUGGAGGAGGCGAGACAGCAGGCGGAGUUGUGUCUGAAACAGGCGGAGGAGGGCGGCUGGCUGGAUUCGACAGGUCGGCCUCUGAGGCGCCGGUCUUGUCAGGUGCUGGCGAAGAUCUACAACCGGCUGGCUGAUGCUGCUCUGGCCAGCACCGACCGCAGCACAGCCCUAGCGCUGAACCUCAAGGGCUACAGCAUGGCCACAGAGUGUGAGGACAAACAGACCGAGGGAAGAGCAACCCUUAAACUAGGACUGACCUAUCAGAGUUCAGGAGACCAUGACUCAGCAAAACAGCUCUUCAGCACCUGCUUACAGAUUUACGGCGCACUGCAAGAUGCAGGCGGACUGGCAGAGACCUACAAAGCUAUGGCAAAGUCAUCAGAAAAUAAAGGAAACAUGGUUGAAACUCUGGAGUAUCUGGAGAAAUCAGUCGACAUCUGCUGCAGCAGCGGGCAGCAGAACAGACUGGCAUCUGACAUCUGUCUGUAUGUGGGAAACAUCCACCUCAACAUGAGGCAGUAUGCCAGAGCGUACGAGUACUUCCUGCAGAGUUAUGAAUUCGCCUCUGAAGCAGGAGAUGUAGCUCUGCUGCAGAAAGCACAGGUGUUGGUGGGCAGCACUCGCGCUCUGCUUUUUAUAGGAAAAUACAGCGUUGACAUGGAGUCGCCUCCUCUGCCUCCAUGAAACAACAGGUGGCCUAAAAGGAGACCAGAGGACAUCGGGACCUCUGCACAGACUCUGCUGCUGCCUGGUACUCUUUAUCUGAUAAUUCAAAGAUGGAGAAACAUACUGAGUUGCUCUCAUAACAAACAACUCACAUUUUACACUAAAUAAAAACUUCUGAUUUGUUUUGUU